ACGCACGCCACAAAGCUGCAGAGCUGAGCGAAAUGCCAACCUCAACGACCUCCACUCCAUCUCCUCCCUUGCUCCAUGGCGUCCCUGCCUUCUCUCGCAGUCGGCGGCGCCACCCUGCACAGGCUCGACUCCGACCCCCGGAAGCUCCUUCCGGCGUCCGCGGUCCCUCUAGAAAAGAAAUUGGCUUACCAGAGAAGGCCGCCGGCGGCGGAAGGUGUCCAGGAGGCCUCGGCGCCGCCUCUCGACGCGCAGGAAGCUCUAGCUCUGCUGAGAGAAGGGACGGCCGUCGAGUCCGCCUUCUACGUUCCCCUUCUGCAGCGGUGCGUCGAGACCAAGUCACUUCCCGACGCCGGAGUCGUCCACGCUCACAUUAUUAAGACCGGCUUCCAUCAAGAGACCUUUCUGUCGACGUCCCUCGUCAAUUUGUACAUGAAAUGCGGCUCGACGGAAUACGCUCGCAAGGUGUUUGUCACAUUGCCCCGCAGAAAUGUCGUCGCUUGGACGGCAAUGAUCACUGGCUACGUUCACAAUUCUCAGCCCACUGACGCCAUCGGAGUGUUUCUUCACUUACUUGAAUCGGAGUGUUAUCCGACGAGCUUCACGAUCGGAGCUGUUCUGAGCGCAUGCUGCGCUCUCAGCUCGAUCGAGAUCGGUAAACAAGUUCAUGGUUAUGUGAUUAAGUAUGGGGCUGAAUCUGAAACAAGCAUGGGCAACUCACUUUGCAGCUUAUACUCCAAAUGCGGAAGCUUUGAAUCUUGUUUGAAAGUGUUUGAAAGAAUUCCCGACAAGAAUGUGAUAUCUUGGACCACGGCCAUCUCAUCUUGCGGCGACAAUGGCUAUCCUGAAUUGGGUCUGAGUAUCUUCGCCAAUAUGCUCUCUGAAAAUGUCGAGCCAAACGAGUAUACUCUGACGAGUGUGUUGAGCUUGUGCUGCAUGGUUCGGGAUCUUCGUCUGGGGAAGCAAAUUCACUCUUUCUGCAUCAAAUUUGGAUGCGAGCAGCAGCUUCCUGUGAAGAAUUCAACCAUCUACUUGUAUCAGAAAUGCGGCGAGAUCAAUGAGGCGAGGAGAUUGUUCGACGAAAUGGAUAGAGUUAGUCUGAUCACAUGGAAUGCGAUGAUCGCCGGCCAUGCUCAGAGGAUGAAUUGGGCAAAAGAUGAUAUCGAAUCCAACCUCAGUGGCUUUGAGGCACUCAAAGUGUUUCAGAAACUCAAUCGGUCAGGGACAAAGCCGGAUCUCUUUAGCUUUUCGAGCAUUCUAACCGUUUGCAGCAGCCUUCUGGCUUUAGAGCAAGGAGAGCAGAUUCAUGCUCAGACCGUCAAGACCGGGUAUUUAUCGGAUGUCGUCGUGAGCAGUGCAUUACUGAACAUGUAUAACAAAUGUGGUUGCAUUGAGGAUGCAAUCAGAGCAUUUUUGGAGAUGUCGACAAGGACCUUGAUAUCUUGGACUUCUAUGCUCACCUGCUACUCACAGCAUGGUCGUCCUAAGGAAGCGAUACGACUCUUCGAGAACAUGAGGUCGGCCGGUGUAAGGCCUAACCAAGUCACCUUCGUCGGCGUGCUAUCUGCCUGUAGCCACGCAGGCAUGAUCGAUGAGGCUGAGUAUUAUUUCGACAUGAUGACAGACGAGUACGGGAUCAGGCCUGUUAUGGAUCAUUAUGCUUGCAUGAUCGAUAUGUUUGUGAGACGAGGCCGGCUGGAGGAUGCUUUUGCAUUCGUAGAUAAGAUGGAUUUUCAACCAAAUGAGAUCAUUUGGUCGAUUUUGAUCGCCGGGUGUCGAAGCCACGGCAACAAGGACCUAGGAUUUUAUGCUGCAGAGAAGUUGCUCGAGAUCAAACCGAAAGGGAUCGAGACAUAUGUGUUGCUGCUGAACAUGUACAUAUCGGCAGAGAGGUGGCAGGAUGUUGCUAAAGUGAGAAGUCUGAUGAAAGACGAGAACAUCGGAAUCAUACGAGAUCGAAGCUGGAUUAGCAUCAAAGGCCAAGUUUCUUUCUUCCUAGCCAACGACAAAUCACACCCUCAGAGCACCGAGAUGUACAAUUUAUUGGAGAAUUUGCUUCGAGAAGCAACAAGCCUGGGGUAUGUUCCUUACAAAAGUGUCGAGGUCUCGGUCAAGGAGGAUGAAGAAAGCUCGAAUGGCUCUUCCACCAUCAAGCACCAUAGCGAAAGAUUGGCCAUCGCCUUCGGUAUGAUCAAUACGGCCGAAGGGGCAACCGUACGAGUCGUCAAGAACAUCACAAUGUGCAGGGACUGCCAUAAUUUAGUGAAGUUCUUUACUACAAUAACCAAAAGAGAGAUCAUUGUGAGGGAUAGCAAGCGGCUCCACCGGUUUACCGACGGCAAAUGCUCGUGUGGAGAUUUCGGGGCAUUCCUAUGAUACUAAUGUCAAAAGUCGUCAUUUUGAUACCCGAACUCCACACUUCCUACUGAUCGAAACUUCGAUAUGUACCCCUUCUUGAGGUUGUGCAAAUUGUGAUUGAUUUGCGAAAGAUGGUGGAAUUUGUAGAUGGAGCUCGAAGUGAUUUUAAAAGUAAAGCAUUGUUUACGAUCGAAGUGGAUCUCUUCGGUUUCGAGAAACAAUUGUGAUGUGUUUGUAUUUGAAGUCCCUUAAUGUUGUAGGAGGCCCGCCCUUUUUUUUAGGCUACCUUAUUAUGGUUUUGUGCCUUGAAGCCCUUAAA